GUGUAUUUUGGGUUAAUCCUCAACUCGAAUGUCAUGUCGGACACAUGGAGCAACAUUCAGGCGCACAAGAAGCAGCUGCACUCUCUACGGGAAAGGCUGCAGCGGCGGCGGAAGGACCCGGCACAGCAUUCUUCAGAUGGAAGUGGCAGCACAGACGCUUCCACAGCCAGGAGCGACAGCCCAGCACCGUCAACUCCGUCCACAUCUCAGGAGGAGACGGCGAAGCCCCCUGAUCCAGAGCUGGAGAAGAGGCUGCUGGGAUACCUGUCUGACCUGAGUCUUUCUCUGCCUGCAGAUUCUCUCACCAUCACCAACGAACUCACCACGUCUGAAUCUGCUGUAAGUCACAGCUGCAUCCAGAGCCUCCUGCUCAAGUUCUCAGCCCAGGAGCUCAUCGAGGUCAGAGAAUCCACCUCCGGCUCCUCCUCCUCCCCCUCCACAGUUGUCACGGCUGUGGAUCACACUAAAUUAUGGCCGAUGAUCGGGUCUGCAUCAGGGGCUGGAGCCCAGCGCUCAGGAGUCAAGAGAAAGGCUGAAGACCAAACCAACAACCCACGACCUGGUGGAUUCUCACCCUCCAUACAGCGCUCAGCUUCUCCACCACACUCCUCCGCCACCUCCAUCACUCCAGCCUCCUCCUCACAGAUGGCAGGACCUUCAGCAUGUGGGAGCGGGGCGGAGAAGAAGGGAAGGAGUAAUAAAAACCAGUCGUCUCAUGUGGACAUGGAAAUCGAAAGCCUUCUGAACCAACAGUCCACAAAAGAGCAGCAGAGCAAGAAGGUGAGCAGAGAGAUUCUGGAGCUGCUCAACGCCAGCACAGCCAAAGAGCAGUCCAUCGUGGAGAAGUUCCGGUCUCGCGGUCGGGCUCAGGUCCAAGAGUUCUGUGAUCACGGGACCAAGGAAGAGUGUGUUCGCUCGGGGGACACGCCCCAGCCCUGCACCAAGUUACACUUCCGACGCAUCAUCAACAAGCACACAGACGAGAGCCUGGGCGACUGCUCCUUCCUCAACACCUGUUUCCACAUGGACACAUGUAAAUACGUCCACUACGAGAUCGACAGUCCCCCAGAGGCAGAAGGCGGCCUACUGGGACCCCAGGCGGGCACCACAGAACUGGGGCUUCACGCUGGGGACACAGACAGCAACGUGGGAAAACUCUUUCCUUCACAGUGGAUCUGCUGUGACAUCCGCUACCUGGACGUUUCCAUCCUGGGGAAGUUUGCAGUGGUGAUGGCCGACCCUCCGUGGGACAUUCACAUGGAGCUGCCGUACGGGACGCUGACAGAUGACGAGAUGAGAAAACUCAACAUUCCCAUCCUGCAGGACGAUGGUUUCCUCUUCCUGUGGGUCACAGGCAGAGCCAUGGAGCUGGGCAGAGAGUGCCUCAGUCUUUGGGGCUACGAGCGCGUUGAUGAAAUCAUCUGGGUGAAAACAAACCAGCUCCAAAGAAUCAUUCGCACCGGGAGAACUGGACAUUGGCUCAACCAUGGGAAGGAGCACUGUCUGGUGGGAGUGAAGGGAAACCCUCAGGGAUUCAACCGAGGUCUGGACUGUGAUGUCAUCGUGGCAGAGGUUCGCUCCACCAGUCACAAACCAGAUGAAAUUUACGGAAUGAUUGAGAGACUAUCACCGGGCACCAGGAAGAUUGAGCUGUUCGGUCGACCGCACAACGUCCAACCCAACUGGGUCACUCUUGGAAACCAGCUGGAUGGGAUCCAUCUCCUGGACCCUGAGGUUGUGGCCCGCUUUAAGAAGCGCUAUCCAGACGGAGUCAUCUCCAAACCUAAGACCAUGCAGUGAUGACCACUCUUCUGAACAUGUUUUUUUUUUUUUUAACACUGAACCAGUCAUUCCUCUGGAAUUUUUUUUAAUCACCCCUCCCACCCCCUACACGGCAAUAAAUGGACUGUUGCAAAACAAAUGCAACUUUUAAUUGAUAUCAAAUACUGUUACAGUACAGAGUGAAGAUCAAUCAUCUGAAGAUGACAUGUGUUUUCACCCACCUCACAGGGUGGAGUGAUCUGUGUGGAACAGCCAGAGACGGAACCUUGGAGUCCAUUACCUGUCUCCAGUCUGAGAACCUGAGCUCUCUGUCUCCACUCACUGAACUCUGACCUUCUGUCUUUUUCUGCCACUCGUCUCAUAAGUUAAUAGAUUAACAUGACUGAUAUUUAAAAAUUGACAGUCAAUUCCCAGCUACAUGAAGGUAAAGUUGGACUCACUCCUCUGUUGAAGUUGGUUUGCUGCCUGAAAGGCACUGCUCAUUAUACAAACAUGACAUUGAUGACAUCAUAGCUAUAAUCCCUUCAUAGAUCCUGAUCCCUACCAGAGUGAAGCCGACUUCAGCAGACACCUCUGUAGAGUUCAGCCCUUUUGAGGUGUCAGACACUUCAGGGCGAUGUUUGAACUGAGUUGCUCCCAGAUGGUCUUCACACCUGAGGGUGUUUAUUGUGUCCAGCCAACAGUCACAGUCAGGUAGACUAUAGUUGUGGGUCAGCUCUGAAGCAGGGGCGGUGAUUAAUUAACUUAACAGAAACUACAACACAUCUAUUUGACCUAAUAAAUGCUCAUCACAACAAA